GUUCCCACUGAAGUGUUGUAAGCAUGUGAAAGUGGCAUUCCCUCUGCCCCUGAAGGAUGACCCUGACCUAGGCCUGGCUGAUGAGUGUCACUUUUUCCCUGGUUGGAACCAGAGGUGGUUUGGAGCCCAGCCUCAUACAGCUGUUUCCUUGGCUCUGCUUCGAGGUGGACGUAGGCACUAUGCGUGCGCAGCUGCCAUUUCAACAUGUCUUCCUCUCUUGUCUCUCUGUUGCAGGCUCAGUAGGAGGAUAUGUCUGGUAUCUAGAAAGGAGAGCUAUACAGGGAUCGCCACACAGGGUCACGCAACUGUUCAGGCACAUAAAGAACCAGUGGGUCACGGUCCAACACUUGAGCUUCCUCAAGCGCAUGUAUGUCACGCAGCUGCACAGGGGCCUUAGCCAGCGAGUCAAACCAAAGCCAGAGCCAGCGGCUUCUCCUUUCCCUGAACACACGGCUUCAGGGCAGUCUGCAGCGGAAGUGGACGAGCUGCCGUCUCUCUCGGUGCCCAGGCUGCCUUUGUCCCCGAAGCCAACUGAGGAGCUGAUGAAGCUGGAGGCGGCCUCUGUAGUGGACCGGUCCCUCGGCGUGGCCAGAGAGACGAAGGCAGAGAAGCGGUGGGAGGAGAUGAAGCUUCGCGCGGAUGAUCUGCCCGGCGUGCUGGCCCGGCUCUCCAAGAUCAAGCUCACAGCUCUCGUGGUGAGCACCACAUCAGCGGGCUUUGCGCUGGCUCCAGGCCCUUUCGACUGGCCCUGCUUCCUGCUUGCUUCCCUUGGGACGGGCCUCGCCUCCUGUGCGGCCAACUCCAUCAACCAGUUUUUUGAGGUGCCAUUUGACUCAAACAUGAAUAGAACAAAAAACAGGCCUCUGGUUCGUGGACAGAUCAGCCCGUUGUUAGCUGUGUCUUUUGCCACCUGUUGUGCUGUGCCAGGAGUGGCCCUUCUGACCUGGGGAGUGAAUCCCCUCACAGGUGCCCUGGGGGUCUUCAACAUCUUCCUAUAUACCUGUUGUUACACCCCACUGAAGAGGAUCAGCAUCACCAACACCUGGGUUGGAGCUGUGGUUGGAGCCAUUCCUCCUGUCAUGGGCUGGACAGCUGCGACCGGCAGCCUUGAUGCUGGAGCACUUCUUCUGGGAGGGAUCCUGUACUCCUGGCAGUUCCCCCACUUUAACGCCCUGAGCUGGGGCCUCCGUGAAGACUACUCCCGAGGGGGCUACAGCAUGAUGUCCGUCACCCACCCGGCCCUCUGCCGGCGUGUGGCCCUGCGCCACUGCCUGGCCCUCAUCGCUCUGUCCACUGCUGCCCCGGUGCUGGAUGUCACCACAUGGGCCUUCCCCAUCAUCUCCCUCCCCAUCAACCUGUACAUUUCCUACCUCGGCUUCCGCUUCUACGUGGACGCAGACCGCAAGAGCUCAAGGAAACUGUUCUUCUGCAGCCUGUGGCACCUGCCGCUGCUCCUCCUGCUCAUGCUCACCUGUAAGCAGCGGCCAGGUCAGGCGGGGGACAAGGGGGAGGCUCCACCCUGAGAGCCUGCUAGUAUGCGGGGAGCAGGAGAGCAGACACAUGCAGCCGCCCGCACAGCACUGCCCUGUGCCAGUGGGAAGCGGUUUGUGGUGAUUCUGGCAUGCAAAAGGAGAAAUGGAUCGUGUCAGCUGGAGGUAGAUCACCUGGUGCUGUGUCAUCACCUAAUAGUUCUUUUUAUAUUAAUACCCAAACGGCCUCCCAAAUAAGAAAGGGUCUGGCAUAGUGAGUUAAUACAACAACAACAACAGAUUAAUUUUCUCCUUGGUGGUCCUUUAUGCAUCUUUCCCUCCAUCUCUGUGUUCUCUCAGCCACACAACGUAUAUGCACAUCCCCUGCCUCCCCCACC